AUGACACACAACACGGCCUCGAGACGGCAGUCGUUCAACCGCCGCUCGUCUGGCUAUUCGCCCAUAACCCCGCGCUCCUCGCAGGACUUUGACCAUGAAUCAACCCACCAAUUCGACGGCGGCGGAGACGGCAAUGGCCUUGGCAACCUGGCCGACGAACUCGGCGAAGUGUGGGACGACGACGAAGAGGCCCUGGACGGCGACUACGGCGACGACGUCGACGCUUCGCACGACGACUUGGCGCACAUUGGCACCGCGGUAGAGCACGACGGCUCCUAUGGCGUCGAAAGCGCUGCCAGUAUCAACGGCGUGCGGGACAGCGGCGUGGCCAUGCAGGACUCGUCGCCCGCCGGCCUGAGCCCAGAGUCGGCGGUCAAAACACGGAAACACGCGCGGGCACGAUCGCUAUACGACGGCUCCGACUAUGGCGACGACUCUGACCUGGAGAAUGAGGGUAUUUCACCCGCGCUCGAGUCGAGAAUGGCGGCUAUAGAGAGCCUGGUACGGCGAGGCAUAGAGGAAAACGGGAGCGCGUCGGAUGAAGUUGUCAAGAGAGUGACCAAGCAACUCCAAAACUUGGGUAGUCAGAUUGCGAUAGAGAAUGGGGCGACCAGAUUGAAGACUGCCCAUGAUGCCUUAGCAACGCACCUGACCCACCAGUCUCGCAGUCUAACCUCACUCUCGGCCUCCUUCUCUGGCCCACGCCCCAUUCUACCCGACCCAGACACGAUUGAAGAACUUCUGCCCCUGAUCCAAUCCACGCUGGAGUUACUCCCCUACCCAUCCACCGAGCCGCUGGUCGCCAUAUCCCACCUCACACACUCGAACCGCGAGCUCCUGCAACAUCUCGCAAACGUCAGCGACACGCUGCACAUGUCGCGCCAAACCACGGCGACGGCUACACGGAGACUGAAAGUCAGCACCGAACAGCUCCAGGACUGGAAGCGCGAAUCCGACAAGACCAAAGAGGGUCAGGACUACAUUGAACACGGCGACUGGGAUCGCCGGCUCAAGGAGAGGGAGGCCAAACGCGCGUGCGCCAGUGUGUUGGACGGGUUUGAAGACGUCUGUGGGAAAUGGAGGAAGAGGCUGUGCGAAGGCUUGGGCGUGGCUAGCCAAGACUUUCCCGACGAGAACGCUCCUCCUGCGCCUUCAUCUCACUUCUCCCAUUCGGCUAAACUGGCAGAACGACCAAAGAACCAAGAAAGAGCGGCGACACCGAAUUUCUCCCGCAGCGGUAAUAUCAUUAAAUCGCCGAAGAAGAACUCGCGUAUCAGUACGGAUUCCAUGUUUCCCGACUCGGCUGUUGAGAUGAGAUGA